AUGCAUAUUUUGAAACUACCUUGGUUAGGCCAUAAGGCCGAAGGUAAACCUGUUGAAUGUUAUUCUGUCAGUGUCAAUGCUGAUGGGAGUAGAUUAGCAUCUGGUGGGUUAGAUGGGAAUGUCAAAAUUUGGGAUACUCACACAAUUCUACAAUUUAAAUCAGUUGAAAUUGAUGGAGAUUUCGAUAGAUUAUUACCACCAAAACCUCAAAGGAGGCCCUUAUGUUCCAUGAGUAGACACAAUGGGGUAGUGACAUCGGUUAAAUUCUCUCCUGAUGGGAGAUUUUUGGCUAGUGGAUCAGAUGAUAAAAUUGUAUUGAUUUGGGAGAAAGAUGAACUGAUGAUUAAUAGACCAAAACAAUUUGGUGAAGCUGAAGCUGACAUGGAACAUUGGACUGUAAGGAAGAGAUUAGUGGCUCAUGAUAAUGAUAUCCAGGAUAUUUGUUGGUCUCCUGAUGGUUCUUUGUUGGUAACUGUUGGGCUAGAUAGAUCAAUUAUGAUUUGGAGUGGAAAGACGUUUGAAAGAAUAAAAAGAUACGAUGUCCAUCAGUCAAUGGUUAAAGGAAUAGUGUUUGACCCCGCCAAUAAGUUUUUUGCUACUGCUUCAGAUGAUAGAACGGUUAGAAUUUUUAGAUACUCCAAGAAACUACACGAAUCUGCUAAUAAUUAUGAAUUUCAAAUCGAACAUGUGGUGUUUGACCCAUUCAAAAAAUCUCCAUUGACAUCUUAUUUCAGGAGAAUGAGUUGGUCUCCUGAUGGGCAAAAUAUAGCUGUUCCUAAUGCCACUAAUGGUCCUGUACCAUCUGUAGCCAUAAUUAAAAGAGGUAAUUGGAGUUCGGAAGUUUCUUUGAUUGGUCAUGAAGCUCCUUGUGAAGUUUGUUCAUUUUCACCCAGAUUAUUUGAAUCUGAUGGUGAUAAAGACAAUUUUGACACCAUAUUAGCUACAGGUGGCCAAGAUAGAACUUUGGCUAUUUGGAGUACAAAACAAGCUAAACCUUUAUUGGUGGCUCAUGAAAUCACCGGGGGGUCUAUUACCGAUAUUUGUUGGGAUAAUACAGGUCAAUCAUUAUUUUUCAGUUGUGUCGAUGGAUCUAUUACUUGUUUAGCAUUUGAAAAAGAAGAAUUAGGAAUUCCUAUCGAUCAGGAAUUGAUGUACACUCAAUUACAUAAGUUUGGAAAGGAUCGAGAAUCAAAUGUUUUUCCCGAAAGUAUAGAGCAAUUGGAAUUAGAGGAAAAAGCAGAGAAAUUAGAUGUUCAACCUAUUUCAGAUAAGAAACCCAAAGAAAUAACACCACGUCCAAGCCCAAGAAUUGAAAGUUCACCUUCAAUGCCAACAAUGAGUCCAUUGAAAUCAGAUACCCAAAAAUUGGACAUCAGAAGUCAAAAAAUUACCAUGAAGAAUGGUAAGAAAAGAGUUGCUCCUUUGUUAUUAUCAGCUCUGACCAACACACCUGUAUUGACAGUUUCCAAAGUAACAAAGAAGUUCAAAGUCAGUUCCAAACUUUCUCAUAAUAAUUAUCUUUUACCCAGAUUGGGGGUGGCCACAGCGGUGAGAGGUUUGAAAUUCAGAGCUCAAGAAAAUGUCAAUCCUAACAAUGAAGAUCAAGAUAAUGAUAACGAUGAUAUGAAUUUUGAUAUGGGUAAUGAGGGUGGUAACUUAUCGGUUGUUACCUUGAAGAAUCAGAAACGUAAAAUCAAAAGAGUUGUUAUGGAAUCAAAAUAUCCUAAUCAUUUUAAAUUGAUAUCCAACUUGUCAGAAUCUUUGUUCAACCAUAGUUUAUUCAUGAAACACGAAAUGAGUAAAAUUAUCAAUUCCCAUGAUUUUCAAAAUACCAGUGAUUUAUUCAGUGGAUCUAGUGCAACUGCUGACACUCAUGAUGAAGAUAUCGUCUUUGCAGUUCUUGUGUCUAGUAUCACUCAUAAAAUGAAUCCUUUGUACGAGUUAGAUGCCACUGAAGUUCAACCUGUGAAAUCCAUCAUCGAAGUAAGAAAUGGAGCUCCCUGGAAAGAAGAUGAAGAAGAUAUUGACUUGGAGUAUGAUGAUACGUUUGACUUCCAAGAUCCUACUUCAGUAAUAGUUUCUAAUGAUAAGAACGGAGAAUUCCAUAAAUAUUUGUUGUAUUUCCCUUUCAAAAUUCAACAUUGUUUGCCAGUGGUGAUCAAUGGGAUGUUAAUUUACUACGUGAUUGUAUCUUUCACAGGAACGUUGACGAUAUUUUUGGCAGAAUCUGGAAGUUUGGUCACGCCUAACGUUGAAAUAGGUAGUAAUUUAAUCUGCUUGAAGCAAUAUGACAAAUUUUUAAUGGGUGUCACAAGUAGUGGAUUGAUUCAUAUUUGGGAAUUACCUGAAUUUCCCAGAACCAGGAACUUGAAAAUCCUUACUCCUCCUAUAUCCUUAUCGGCUAUAAUGAAUGCUAAUUUGAAAAUUGAGCUGGACUCAAUGAUCAUAUCUCCCAACGUUAAAGCUAUAGAACUAGAUAAAAAUGGAACUCCUUAUGUGUUAUUGGACGAUACCAACGACGUCUUCAAAUAUUCUGUGGAUUUAAUGAUUUGGGUAAAGGUGAUUGAUUCAUGGUAUUACAACAGUAUUGAUGACAUAACUCCAUGUAAAGAAAUAUUAGGAUACUUCCAACAUUUGAGUUACCAAGCAUUUAAAAAUGACGUACAAAGAUUGAAAACAGGUAAAUAUAUCUUCAAUGAAGAGACCAAAGAGUUGAAAGAUAUAAUGAAUCAAAGACAUAACGAAUUAAUGCAUUGUAAAUAG